AUGUCCAAGUUCGGUCUGAAAAAGUUACUCGUAUCGUUGGCCUCUACUUCGGGAAUUGGAAAGCCAAGUGUUGGGCACAUACUAGUAGUUGUUUUUCUGGAAUACUUCGCAUGGGGCCUGCUAACAAUGCCCAUGAUAGCCACUCUAAAGGAGACCUUCCCAGACCACACGUUCCUAAUGAACGGAUUGGUCAUGGGAGUCAAGGGAAUACUCUCGUUUCUGUCGUCGCCCCUGAUCGGAGCUUUAUCGGAUAUAUAUGGGCGGAAAGUGCUGCUCCUUAUAACAGUGAUCUUCACUUCCUUACCGAUCCCCAUGAUGACCAUGGAUAACUGGUGGUUCUUUGUGAUAAGUUCGAUCAGUGGAGUAUUGGGUGUUAGCUUCUCAGUGGCUUUCGCCUAUGUGGCGGAUGUUACCACAAAGGAAGAGCGCUCUAGAUCCUAUGAACUUGUAUCGGCCACCUUUGCUGCCAGCUUGGUGAUCGCCCCAGCAAUGGGUAAUCUCAUAAUGGAUCGUUACGGAAUUAAUACUGUGGUGUUAGUAGCAACUUUGGUCUCCACAACGAACGUGAUGUUUGUACUGCUGGCUGUGCCCGAAACAUUACAACAAAACGUUAGAUCCACUGGAUUGAGCUGGAAACAAGCGGAUCCUUUUCUAUCCCUGCGAAGAGUGGGCUCGGAUCCUAAUGUUCUGCUACUGUGCGUAGUGAUGUUCACGUUUCUACUUCCCGAAGCUGGGGAAUAUUCCAGUGUGCCAGCCUAUCUGAAACUAACAAUGGGGUUUGAUUUCACGGAACUCUCCACGCUGGUGGCGUUCAUGGCCAUAUUAGGCAUUUCGAUAAACGUGACCUUGGGAUCAAUAGUGAAGACAUUGGGUGCCAAGAAUGCUAUAAUACUUGGAUUGCUCCUGGAACUGUUGCAACUCAUACUCUUCGCCAUAGGAUACGAAAAGUGGCAAAUGUGGCUAGCCGGAAAUGUAGCUGCCCUGAGUUCCAUCACCUUUCCGGCCGUGAGUGCCUACGUAUCCCUCUACACGGAUGUUGAAACUCAAGGAGCAGUUCAGGGAAUGAUCACGGGAAUGUCGGGAUUGUGUAGUGGACUUGGACCCGCUCUGUUCGGUAUCGUAUUCUACCUAUCCGACAUGGAUUUGGAUAAAAAUCGAAUUUUGAUAGGCAGUGUAAGUGGAGAUCGCACUGUGACCAAUCCCUUUAUGAUUGGAGCUAUCUCUGUGUUUAUCGGCAUUCUGUUGGCGUCAUAUAUCCCAGAUGAAAAGGUUUCCAGGGGAAGGAGAGAGGAAUUUUCCGCACUGAAGUAUAUUAUUGAAAUGGAGGAGGCGACAACAAUAUAG